AUGGUCCGCACGAAUCCGAGUGCAGGCUGCGUAGCGAGGCGAAUGCCGAUCAAGGACACCCAGCACCAGACGCUUUCACAGCGGCACAUACGACGGCAUAGACGUCAUUCUCGGGUCUCUAACACGAGACGGUUAGCCAGACCUGGUGCUAUACAUACUCUUGCAGCGGGAAAUAUGGCUAGAAAGCAAGGCUACCUAGGGCGUUACGAACUUACGACAAAGGAUUGUGAAUUUCCAUAG